AUGUGCAAAAUUCCAAUGUUACCAACCGCACUUAGCAAAUCAAAUGAAUUUAUCCAUAAUGCUGCAACAUCAUAUUAUUGUAUCCCUUGUAAAGAAAAAUUUCAAUGUAAAAAGACAGACUCAAAGAAAGAUAAAAAGCUUUAUGAAAAACAAUUUAAACAAUCAGGUGUUCCAUUAUACGAACUCUAUUAUAUAUGUGAUUUUUUUGAUCUCAAUAAAAUUUAUGAUCAAUAUAAUUCAAUAUGUGAAUGUAAACUCACUAUUUGGGGACAUGUAAAAAUAUCUUCAAAUAUUGUUAGCUUAUUUGAAUUUGGUACAUAUCAAUUUUUAGAAGAAACUGAAAGAGAAACAAAUAAUAUAAAUGAGUUAAAGUUAGAUGAUAUGAAAAGAAUUAUUAAACUUUAUGAUGAUGAAAUUCUAUAUGAAGAACAAGAACUUUCAUAUAAUACAUUUACUUUAAAUGAUCUUCUUAAUAUAACAUUACAAGAUCAAUAUGUAAUAAAACAAAGAAAUAAAUCUUUUAUAAAAAUAGUUUCAAAGUUCAAUAUAUUUACUGGACAAGAUUCUCUUGAUGAUUUAUUUUCAUUUAGAAGAAAAGUAUAUAACAAUAUAGUUUUAGAAUAUCAAGAAAAAAGAUAUGCAUUAUAUAGGCAAUUUGCUGAUUUGAUUGCCUAUACUUAUGGAUAUAUAAUUGAUAUGUAUAGUAGAUAUCUUGAUAGUUGUGUUAAAUUUUUUAUAAAAUCUAAUAAUAAAAGAAUCAAACCAGGAGAUAUUCAAAAGUUCAUCAAUA